AUGCAUCAGUGUGAAGGGAGGGUCAGCCUGCAGCCCUGCACUGCUCAACGGGUGCCCGGCAUUGGCUCACCUGCCUGUUGUCACCCAGGUUCCCACCCAACUGAAGAUGUGAGGAUGCACAGCCUCACCCUGCUCUCCUUUCUCCUUCUGGCUGCUCAGGUGUUCUUGGUGGACGGCAAACAAGAAGUAAAAAAUAGACACGUUGGCAAAGCCACCACCCUGGGCAAGCCCCAGACUGAGCAGAGACGCCAGCCACCCAAGCACCUGACCAAGGGCAUGUUUGUCACCCGAGACCAGGCUGACUGCAGGUGGCUGGUGACUGAGAAGGAGAAGAGCAUCAUCUUGAAGGUUGACUGCGCCCGACAUGAUGAGAAGUUUUCCUGUUUCUUUACUGGUGACCCAACCUCGUGCCUGGAGUGGAACAAGAAGAGCUACUGGAAACACAUCGGCCGGAGCCUGCGCUCUCAAAAAGUCAUCUGUGGGGACUCCAGCAUCCUGAAGACCAGGAUGUGACGAAAGAAAUUUCCAGAAUCCAAUCUCAGGCUGCUGAACUCUACUCUAAUUAGGAAGAAAUCUAGCCAGGGGUCCAUGGAGCCGUCUCCCAGCGAGCAGAGCACAGUCAACGAGGCCUCUCCUAUGGAGCCUGACAAGCCCAAGACCUUGGGCUCCAGUGAUCCCGAGUGUCUGGAGGACGUAGGCUUGAAACUGCAGAAGACAGCCGUGGAGUACUGUGGGGAGGCCUGGGGCUCUCUCUGCAAAUUCUUCAUCAUCACGGUGCAGGGUAAUCCAUGCUAA